ACCUCUCUUUCCCAGUCUCUCCUGCGAAGAAUCCCCCGCGCGGAUCUCGUCAUCAGGCAGCGCGAAAGACACCUCUUUGGUUUUUUUUUUUUUUUACUUCCUCCCCGGCAUGCACUGCGAGGCCGGCUCCAGUGGCGGCUGUGACUGUGGAGACUCAAGAGGGGGAAGAUAGAGAUAGAGUGAGAGAGGGAGACGGCAGAGGAGGAGGAGGAGGAGGAAGAAGGGUGAGAGCGAGCGGGGGGCGGAGCUUAAGCUGUCGCGAGCCCUCGCUCUGUCCGUCACUCCCUGUGCGGAGCCGUUUGUUGCUGUUUGUUGUUAUCCCCCCCCCCCACCGAAGGGGCGGGAGAAACUUACCCUUCUUAUCCGUUGCUGGUGGCUGUUCAACCCCCCGGAAAUAUGCCGCUCUUCACCAGCAACCCCUUCGACCAGGAUGUGGAAAAAGCAACCAGUGAAAUGAAUACUGCUGAAGACUGGGGGCUCAUCUUAGAUAUUUGUGAUAAAGUUGGACAGUCACGAACUGGACCUAAAGAUUGUCUUCGGUCUAUUAUGAAGAGAGUGAACCACAAGGAUCCUCAUGUUGCUAUGCAAGCACUCACUCUUUUAGGAGCAUGUGUCUCAAAUUGUGGUAAAAUAUUUCAUUUAGAAGUAUGUUCAAGAGAUUUUGCUAGUGAAGUAAGCAACGUGCUGAAUAAGGGUCAUCCAAAAGUUUGUGAAAAAUUAAAAGCACUCAUGGUGGAAUGGACAGAUGAAUUCAAGAACGAUCCCCAACUUAGUCUGAUAUCUGCUAUGAUAAAGAAUCUUAAGGAGCAAGGUGUUAUGUUUCCAGUUAUUGGUUCACAGGCUGCAGAACAAGCAAAAGCAAGCCCAGCUCUAGUAGCUAAAGAUCCUGGAAUAGUAGCAAACAAAAAGGAAGAGGAGGACCUAGCUAAAGCCAUUGAAUUGUCACUUAAGGAACAAAGACAACAACAAACACCGCUUUCCAGUCUUUAUCCAAGCACCUCAAGCCUCUUAACAAAUCACAAGCAUGAGGGCCGAAAGGUUCGGGCUAUUUAUGACUUUGAAGCUGCUGAAGAUAAUGAAUUAACAUUUAAAGCUGGAGAACUUAUCACUGUGCUUGAUGACAGUGAUCCAAACUGGUGGAAAGGUGAAACUCAUCAAGGGACAGGAUUAUUUCCUUCUAAUUUUGUAACUGCUGAUCUUACUGCUGAACCAGAAAUGAUGAAAGCCGAGAAGAAAACAGUGCAAUUUAGUGAUGAAGUUCAAGUUGAAACAAUUGAACCAGAGCCUGAACCAGUUUAUAUCGAUGAAGAUAAAAUGGACCAACUGUUACAAAUGUUGCAAAGUGCAGAUCCAACUGACGAUCAGCCAGACCUCCCGGAGCUGAUCCAUCUUGAAGCAAUGUGCCAUCAAAUGGGACCUCUCAUUGAUGAAAAGCUAGAAGACAUUGACAGGAAACAUUCAGAGCUCUCAGAGCUCAAUGUUAAAGUGAUGGAGGCACUCUCUUUAUAUACCAAGUUGAUGAAUGAGGAUCCAGUGUAUUCGAUGUAUUCAAAACUACAAAACCAACAGUAUUAUAUGGCUCAAUCUGGUGUUUCUGGCUCUCAGGUUUAUCCAGGGCACCCUCAAAGCAAUGCAUACUUGGUAGCAGGAAAUGCACAGAUGAGUCAUGUUCAAGCUUACAGUCUUCCAUCGGAGCAACUUCCGCCUCUGAAUCAAAGCACAGUUCCUCCAGCAGCAAGCUCUGGAUUACCUACCCAGCCUGUUCAGACACCUUACACAAACACAAUGGUUGGUUCUGUUCCAGGAAGCACAUAUUCUAGCCCAGCUUCAGUCUACAGCCCACCCCCAGCUGCUACUGCUGAUGUUGCUGCUUACCAGAAUUCUGGAACUAUGUCCCAGGUGCCGAACUAUAACUUAGUUGCCUCGUCCCUGCCACAACCACCAGGCAACCAACCACCACAACAGCAGCAACCUCCAUCAUCACAACAAAAUACUUACUCCCAGAAGGCACUACUAUAGGAUAUAGGACUUCUGAUUCCUAAUCUGCUCUAACCUCUGCUGACAGCAGUUUACAAUGUUAUGAGUUUAUUCCUUUAAUAUCUUAAACGUGGGUUAUCCUCGGCUUAAUAGGAAUCUUUCUUGGUGAACAAGUAUGAUGAUUCUAUUUGCACUGACUUUUUAGGAUUUUUUUUAAAUUUGCAAAGGAAUUAAUAUACUUAGGACGUUUAAUUCCUUUAUAAAUGCCUAAAAUGGUACAAGGUUAUUUAUGUCUGCUGAAACUGGCUAGUUUGUGAAGAGUCAACUUGGCAAACUGUUGUGGCAUAAAUGUUAUGUACAUAUAGUGUGUUUGUGUUAGUGGCUGUUUUGAAUUAUUAUGGUGAUCAUGUGACUAUAUAACACAGUGUUAAAAUAAUUUACUGUUUUAUUAAUCAUGAACAGAUGGACCACGUUCAUGGAUUUUAUAAGAAAGUUUGUUCAAAGUGUAGGAGAAGGCUCUAACCUGCAUAUCACAAAUACUUAAUGGCUAUGGAUAUGCUCUUGAAACUGAACUGCCUAGUUUUUCAUUCAUUGUACAUUGAAUGUGAGUGUGUCCUUCCUUCCUGUAGCCUUUGGGUGCUACUAGAUGACACUACCAAAGUAAGGGGUCUAGAACUUCAGACACGCUGCAUUCAGAACAUAUUCUGCUUUUAUGAAUAAUGGUUUCAGAAUAAUAACUUGCAAGCUGCUAAACAUAUGGGACCAUGAAACACAUCCGAACCAUUUUAUCUUUAUUGUUUAAAUAGUGUAACUUACAUUUCCAUGCUGGUUUUGAUUUCCCUGAAUGCUGAACUAUAUUCUGUGUAUACUGGUGGAGAUCACACCAAAGACAGAGAGGGGACACUUUGGAUGUGAAUGAAUGGCAUUUUUAAACUGGAACAACAACAAACACUACAUUUAUUAAAGUCUUGUUAAGGACUGCCAUAA